AUGAGCCGUGAGUGUAACCUCAUUGCUGACCAGCCCGGGGAGGAUAACAAUGCCACGCGAACGGGGCCUGUGAGGUCGACAACUGUGCACACGAUCCUCGGCCGCAUAAAGGCAUGCCAGAUGGCGGCGAGGGUGGAGGCGACGCUGUACCGAGAGAAGGAGCUGGGCAUCAUGAGGGAGAUCUCGGUGGUGAGAUCGGAGGUGCGGUUCAACGUCCGCCACAAGAACGAGAGGGACAUCAACAUCCGCGAGAUCACGCUCCCCGACGUCUUCUUGUACCACCUGGCGAGCACCUCGGAGGUGAACCCGGAUAGCCAGCCGGUCGUCAUGGUGAUCGCUGCGCGUAACUCGAAGACUUCCAAGGAUGCCCGUCUUCAGCAGAGCUACGCUGCGCGACACCUGGAAGCGGAGCUGUGCGCCGUCGGCGAGACCGGCCUGUGGCUGCACUUCAUCCUCGACCAGAUCGGUCAGUUCUCCGGCACCGACUUCCUUUCGCCGCUUGACACCACAGAACGCGAACGCUGGUACAAGAAGCAUCUCUUCUUCGCCAGAAACGACAAGGAGCAGGAGGAGCUCUCCUCCGCCACCCACCAACGUUGGACUCGGCAGAUGUGGAGGACCAACAAGGUGUUCUGCAAAAGGAAAGUGCACGCCGCCCGCGCCGGUGGUGCGCAGGAGCUAGCCAUCGGAGGGACGCCGCGCGCCCAGAUCGCCGAGCUGGGACACUGGGCUCUCGACAAGAUGACGCGUGCGUACAUCACGGCCAUUCCCGUUGGGGUGGUGAUGCAGAAGGCCGGCUACUCGGGACUCAAGCAAGACUACUUCUUGGGGCGCAGCAGGGUCGAGCCCUCCGACAAACUCCUGGACCUGCUCGCCGAGCACAUCUUCCCCGGCGUGGAUGCUAUGCUGCGCGAUGAAAUAUCCGUGCGCAUGGACACCCAGUAUCACAACAUGUCCCUCAAGGAGGCGCUGAAGAAGGAGGUCGAGCGCUCGGCGCUCGAGAAGCUAGGCUACCAGGAGACGAUCGAGAAGCAAAACGACACCAUCGUGUCGCUCACCGCCGAGCUUGCUCGACUCACCGAGGCACUCCGUGUGUCAGAAGCCCGGAGGAUGCCGGCGGCGCCGCCGUCGGCGACCGAUCAAACUCCGGGCGAGGGUGGCUCCGCGGAUUCGGCCAACAGGGGGACCGGAGCCAAGAGAGAUGAUGGGAAACCCCCGCCACCCCCCCAGACGGCAGAGGAGGCCAGUUACGAGCUCAACGUGGUGCAACCGUGGCGGGAUUCAAAGACCGUGCGGGACGCUUGGCGCCUCUGGAACUCCGCCACCGCCAAUGACACCCGUCGUCUUUGCGACAGGGUCGCCGAGCCGGGGUUCAUCGACCGCCACACCCUCCUCAAAGGCGCGACCCAGGGUGCACUCAACAUGAGGGUGCGCCGCAUGCUGAAUGCCAUGGAUGCGGUGCGCCAGCUACGCGCGAGCGACGGCGAUGCCGACACCGAAGCCGUGGUCGAUGCACUGAACACGAUCGCGGCACCGGGCAUUGGGACCUUCUGCGAUGCCCUCACGGUGCUCAACCCGGAGACGGCACCGACGAUGUCCAAGGAGCCUGGCAUGGGCGUCAAGGGGCUUGGCCCCAAGGUGGUCUCGAAGCUACGCCUCGCCUGUGCGCUGGUGGCGCUGGAGCUGAAGCCGACGACGUGGGUCGACCGCCUGUUUCCAGACACCUGGGAGGAGCAGAUGCCGAAGACCGAGGCCGACUUGGCCAAGCAGACCGCACCUGCGCAGCGUCCUCCAUCAAAGCGCAAGAAGUCGGCAUGA